UGUACUCUGGCGUUUCUCCCCUUUCUUGUACAUGGUCCGUUCCUUUCCCGUUCAAACCUCGAAGCGGGAGGACGUUAUUACCGCUUGUUGUGUUGCUGGUUGGUUUUGCCUCGAUGAAAGAAAACGGACUACAGAUUGAGCAUUUGACAGGAUGGACUUGACUACGUGUUUGAAGUCUCUACUGCUCGCUAUCCACCAGUACAGCAGCUGCAGGACAGCGCAAAACGCAGCGCAGCUACAGAAGCAAGUGGAGGAGGUUUCAGGUUUAAGAUGUGAGCUGCUGCUGUCCUCAGGCCAGGUUUUACCCCGUGAGUGUGUGAGUGGCCUGGUGGAGCUGGUUGGAAACCCAAACACCAGCCCUGGCCUGACAAGCUCCAUCAUCUCCAUGCUGGCACACCUCGCUUCUGAUGAUGACAGUCGUGAGAUGCUUCACAGUAGUUACAACUUCACCAGCGCCCUGGCCUCAGUCAUCCACUGCCACAGUGCCACACCGGGAGAGCCUCUGGUGCUACAGUGUUUACAGGUGCUGCAGAAACUUACUUACAACAAUCGUGUCUUCCAGUCGACAAACUACAUUCGGGAACUUGUCACUUUUCUCAUGAUGAAUAUCCAGUCUCGCAAUGAUGACAUCAUCAUGCCGUGCCUCGGCCUCAUGGCCAACCUGUGUCGUGACAACCGCUCGGUGCAGAGCCACAUCAAAGCUCUGGACACAGAGGAGCUGAUGCCGUUCUACCGCACUCUGCUCAGCUUCCUCUCUCACAACAGUCUGACCGUGGUGGUCUUCACAUUGUCCAUACUGGCCAGCCUUACUCUGAAUGAGAAGGUUGGAGAGAAGGUCUUUGACACAAAGAACAUCCACCAGACUUUUCAGCUUGUCUUCAACAUCAUUGUGAACGGCGAUGGUACUCUGACAAGAAAAUACUCAGUUGACCUUUUGGUUGACCUGUUGAAGAACCCCAAGAUAGCUGAUUUUCUGACUAGGUAUAAGCACUUCUCAGCGUGUGUGUCUCAGGUUUUAGGACUUCUGCAGUCAAAAGACCCAGACUCUGCAGCCAAGGUAUUGGAGCUCCUCCUGGCCAUGUGCAGUGUCUCGGGUCUGCGUCUGCGUCUGUGUGAGGUGCUAUUCUCAAGACCGGCAGGAGCCAAAUGUAGAGCUGUCAGCCGCAUACAAGCAGUGGGGCUGGACGUGGGGCACAAGCCAGAGUCUGGAGUGACCCUGGUGCAGUGGCUGAGCUCGCCUGUGGAAGGUGCCGAGUCCUGCUCACUUCAGGCCCUGCAGCUGCUGACUGAGUUGCUGGAGGAGGCGCUGCGACAAGAGAGCCUGGCUGAUGGUGUGCUGAGUUUUGUGGAAAUGCUGCUCCCAGUCCUGUUACAGCUGCUGAAAGGUGUGGAUCCUCCAAAGGGAGAUGCUCACCUGAGGAAGCACUGCCGUCGCGUCACACACGUUACCAGUCUUCUGCUCACCAUGUGUGCCGAGGACUCCACCAGGUGUUUUGUGUCUGCUCAGGUGAGUGCUCAGUUCUGCCUCUCGGUGGUGGAAUCCCUCCUCUCCUGUUGCCAUAGCAGCAGCCCCCUUACCUGCCUGCCUCCUGGCUCCGACAGUGACCUCAGUCAGGUGUGUGCUGAAGCUCUGCUGAAGACUCUGGAGUUAAUGAGCAAACUGAGACAGGAGGUGAAAGACAUGGAGACUAGCUUCUACAGGAUGUUACAGGAUCUGAUGAUAGUGUCUGCCCUCUCUCUGGCCCUGACAUCCCACCGCAGGGACCUCGUGCAGACUGGACUGGCCUUGUUGUUUGAGUCCACUGCCCUCCCAGACUUUCCCUCACUGCUUCUGGGAGAAAGAGUCGCUGCCAACAACGCAUAUCGCCGGAGGGAGGCGGAACUUCCCUUUCAGGGUGUUCCAGGUCAGAAAGCCCAAGCUCCCAGGACAAACAGCAGCCUGAUGGACUCCUCUGGUGGUUCCAGCAGGAGUGUGAGCAGCCUAGUCGAGAGGAUGCACAGUGGCCUGGAGCUGCAAUUACAGGAGCAGGUUAAGGACUCGCAGCUGCAUGAGGUCAUCGACUUGUACGAACAGAAGUUCUCGGCCUUUGCUUCAAAGGAGAGCCGUCUUCAGGAUUUGCUGGAGGCAAAGGCUUUAGCACUCUCUCAGGCCGACCGUCUCAUUGGUCAUUAUCGUCUCCAACAAGCACAGGCUGAGGCAGAGGCUCGUAAGUUGGGCUGUCUGCUGAAGGAGGCUGAGCGUCAGCGUGAGGAUCUGCAGACCGAACUAAGCAAUCAGGUGCUGGAGGUGGAGCGCUUGCAGGCAGACAUGGAGAAGGUGAUGCAGCGCACCACCAGGCUGCAGGAAGACUUUGAAGAGCACCAAACCCUCAAAAGAACUUACAAUGCUCUACUCAGCAGAUUCAAUGAGGGUGAGCGGCUGCUGAAGGAGCUGCAGACGGCUCACGUCUCUCUCACCAAACAGAAUGACACUUUGACGAGGAACCACGAGGCACUGCAGCAGCAGCAUGAAAAGAUGGCGUCGGUGUUGGAGCAGACGAAGGAAGAGGUUGGGUCACUCCGUUCAGACGUACAGCAGAAGAACAGUGAAAUCGCAGAUCUGCGUGAUGACCUGCGUGCAGAGGAGGAGAAGGUGAAGGAGAAGGAUCAGAAGAACAGGGACCUGGAGGAGACGGUGGACGUUCUGAGGAAGGAGCUGAACAAGACGGAGCAGGCCCGAAAGAGUGCCAGCAUCAAGGUGUCGUCUCUGGAGCUGCAGAAGAGCCAGCUGGAGACGAAGCUGAAGCAGAAGGAGGAAGAGCUGAACAAACUCUCCGCGAUGAUCGGCAUGAUCCACAGCCUCAGCAGUGGCAAGUGUAAGAACGAUGUCAACCUGUCGCUCUGAGGAGCACAGCAGAUGAGUGGAAAAACUAGAUUUUUAAAAGCUUGGUCCAAUGAACUGUAUGGACUGAUAAAGGUUUUAAGUCAGUGUCACAAGAAAAUCUGUCUCGUGUGUACCUGUGUUUUUAUUGUCUGUUAAUUUAAUGGUGGAUCUGUAUUCAUGAUGAAUUCUUAACUAAAUAAACAACACACUU